AUGUACAAGGGUUUGAACAGUACUCCUCAGUUUCAUUACCUAUGUCCAGCUCUUUCGUCAGCUACAUCUCAGUCUUGUCCACAUGUCACAUCAGAUACAUCUCAGUCUAGUCCACAUAUCACAUCAGAUACAUCACAGUCUAGUCCACAUGUCACAUCAGAUACAUCUCAGCCUAGUCCACAUGUCACAUCAGAUACAUCUCAGUCUAGUCCACAUGUCAACACAGAUACAUCUCAGUCCAGUCCACAUUUCACAUCAGAUACAUCUCAGUCUAGUCCACAUGUCACAUCAGAUACAUCUCAGUCUAGUCCACAUGUCACAUCAGAUACAUCUCAGUCUAGUCCACAUUUCACAUCAGAUACAUUUCAGUCUAGUCCACAUGUCACAUCAGAUACAUCUCAGUCUAGUCCGCAUGUCACAUCAGAUACAUCUCAGUCUAGUUCGCAUGUCACAUCAGAUACAUCUCAGUCUAGUCCACAUGUCACAUCAGAUACAUCUCAGUCUAGUCCACAUGUCACAUCAGAUACAUCUCAGUCUAGUCCACAUGUCACAUCAGAUACAUCUCAGUCUAGUCCACAUGUCACAUCAGAUACAUCUCAGUCUAGUUCGCAUGUCACAUCAGAUACAUCUCAGUCUAGUCCGCAUGUCACAUCAGAUACAUCUCAGUCUAGUUCGCAUGCCACAUCAGAUACAUCUCAGUCUAGUCCACAUGUCACAUCAGAUACAUCUCAGUCUAGUUCGCAUGUCACAUCAGAUACAUCUCAGUCUAGUCCACAUGUCACAUCAGAUACAUCUCAGUCUAGGUCACAUACAGGUCCUGUUGAAUUUACCACCAUUAUGAUUGUGAGGUAA